GAGGACUACGAGCCGCAGCGCCGACAGAAACCACUUCCAACCCGGUGCAGGAGCGCAGAGUCCGACCGAGCUCUGCGGCGCCUGGCUCCAUAGACGCGUCCUGGUGCCGGUGCCGAGGAGGACGAGCCGAACCGAACCACCUUGCGCCUGUUUUAUUUCUUGGCAGAGUUUCGGAGCGACUGAUCGAGUCGGAGACGGAAGGAGGCUUCGCGCUGAGCCGCGGUCCAGCGCGGAGUCCGACCCGCUUCUCGGCUUGUUCUCCGGACCCACGAUGAGAACCGAGCUGAUCUGAGUCCGACCAACAGUCUCGCGCGCUCGUCCCUCCGCGGAUCCGGAUCCUCGCGGCCAUGGGCGGAUGGUGGGUGUUCGUCGGCGCCCUCGCAGGGCUCCUCGCCGCCCCCCGUGGGACUCACGGAGCCUGUAUCUACGAGGGAUCUCUGUACGCGGUGAACGCGUCCUGGAGCCCUCAGUCCUGCCUGGAGUGCAGCUGCCGCGGCCACGUGGCCGCCUGCGCACCGACCCGCUGCCCCGACCCCCAGUGCGACUUCCAGAGGGGCGAACGCUUGAGGAUUCCUGCCAACAAGUGCUGUCCAGAAUGCGUGUCUGCGUCCCAGGGCUCCUGCUAUUAUGAAGGGCUUGUUUAUGGACAUGACAGCCAGUGGAGUCCGUCACCAUGUUCAGUGUGUGUUUGCUCCAGAGGGAGCGUGUCCUGUAAAGACCUGCCCUGCCCCCCUCUCAGCUGUCCUGAGGAUCAGACCCCGUUUACUCCAGCUGGAGAGUGCUGCCCCAAGUGUGGCCACAGUGGAGACUCUUGCUCCUGGCAGGACGCUGUGUACACACACGGUGCCGAGUGGAAGCCCAGCCUCUGCUCCAGAUGUGUGUGCACCAACGGGGAAGCCCAGUGUUGGGUGGCAGAGUGUGCGCCAGUGGCCUGUCAGCCGCAGGAGAACCUGGUCAUCCAGCCCGGCCAGUGCUGCCCUCGCUGUGUGUCCAACCCCUGUCUGUCAGCCGGGACGCAGCACCAGCACGGCGAGCGCUGGCAGAAGAACAUCUGCACCACAUGUGUGUGUGACCGGGGUCAGUCCAGGUGCCACACUCACACCUGCCCGCCGCUCACCUGCGAGAAGGGCCAGAGCAAAGUGAAGCGGCCUGGACAGUGCUGUGACGAAUGCGCCGCUGCCAAGGGAAGCUGCCUGUACGAGGGCGCGGUGCGCUACCACGGGGACAUGUGGAACGGGACGGGCUGCGAGUUCUGCAGCUGCAGCCGCGGUCAGGUGGUCUGUCAGUGGGCCGAGUGCGGCCGCGUCCAGUGCCCACAGGGGUCUGAGCUGGUUCAUCUGCCUGGGAAGUGCUGCCCUGAGUGCUCAUCUGUCAAACCUCCCUGUUCCUUUGAGGGGAAAUUCUAUAAGGACCUGGCCCGCUGGGCUGACAGUAGCUGCAGGGAGUGUGAAUGCCGUAAUGCCCAGGUGACUUGUUAUGUGCGUUCCUGUCCCACCUGCCCGCCAGGCACCUUGGCCGUCACCCAGGAGGGUCGAUGCUGCCCCGAGUGCAGCCAAGUCCAGUGCCGCGCUGACUGCUCGUCCUGCUCGGGGGCUCCGGAGCGCUGCGACGGCUGCAGGGACCCCGCGGCCGUCCUGCACCGCGGCCGCUGCGUCGCCGCGUGUCCACCCGGCUUCUUCGCCGAGGGCCGAGUCUGUGCAGCCUGCCAGCCGUCCUGCGCCGCCUGUUCCAGCAGGUGGACGUGUGAGUCCUGUGGUUCCCAGCAGCCGCUGCUCAGCGCCGCUACCGGCCGGUGCCUGGCGGCCUGUCCUCCCGGCUUCUACCGGCACCAGAACACACACUGCCGCCGCUGCCGUGAGUCGUGCUCAGAGUGUCGCGGGCCGAGCCACCGGGACUGCGUGUCAUGUUCUGACCCGACUUUCCUGCUUAAACACGGAGAAUGUGUCUCCGACUGCGGCGCCGGCUUCUACAGUCAGGACGGCGUCUGCUACGCCUGCGACUCCUCCUGUGCCUCUUGCUUCCCUGAUAAUCCCAAGUGCAUGAGCUGCCCAGCAGGGAUUGCAUUGCAUCAUGGGAAAUGUAUUGCCCACUGCCCACCCCAGCAAUACAUGGACAAGCACAGCAGAUGCAGAGCCUGCCACAGCUCAUGUGCCUCCUGCUGGGGCCCCUCUGUGUCCCAGUGCUCCCUGUGUGCCACUGGGCUUCUGCUGCACCUGGGCCAGUGCGUGGAGGCCUGUGGUGAGGGCCUGUACUCCAUGGACAACAGCUGCCACAACUGUCACCCCUCUUGCCGUUCAUGUGUGGGUCCUUUGGCCUCAGACUGCGUCCUCUGCCUCAAACCGGAGGAGGUUCUCCUGCCGCAGUCCGGUCAGCUCCACGGCGUGUGCACGGCCGCGUGCCCGGAGCUCAGCUUCCUGGACGACGAGCAGACGUGCAGAGAGUGUCAUGGCUCCUGCCGGCUUUGCUCUGGGCCGUCUGCAGACAGCUGCACUUCCUGCCUGCCCCCGUCCUCUCUGCACCAGGGACGCUGCGUCCUUCGCUGCCCACCGGGCUUCUCUGUCCAGGACGGCCAGUGUCACGCGUGCCACCCCUCCUGCCAGACCUGUAGCGGCCCCUCCCAGGCUGACUGCACCUCCUGCCCCGUGCUGGCCUCCCUGCAGAGCGGCUACUGCACCAGCAGCUGCCCAGACGGCCGCUUCCUCCACGCCGCUACAGGAGAGUGUCUCAAGUGCACCUCCAACUGCCAGCGCUGCACAGCCGACCUGCAGACGGGCGUCGGCAGCGUUUGUCUGUGGUGUAAGGCGCCGAAGACGUGGCUGCUGGGAGAUCAGUGCGUGUCCCAGUGUCCUCAGAGCCACUACGCCUGGCACGGAGCCUGCAUCGCUUGUCAUCCCUCCUGUCAGACCUGCGGUGCAGCCGGGCCUCUCUCCUGUACCUCCUGCCCCCCCAGCAGUGUCCUGCUGUCCUCGGGGCGCUGUGCUCCCAAAUGCCCAAGAGGUCACUAUGACAACGGUCACGGGGUUUGUCAGGCAUGCGACAGCCAGUGUCUGACGUGUGAUGCGGCAGGGGUGUGUACUUCCUGCCGCGACCCGGCCAAGGUGCUGCUGUUCGGGGAAUGUCAGUACGACAGCUGCGCCCAUCAGUACUACCUCAACACCACAACACGCACCUGCAGAGAGUGUGACUGGACCUGUAACGCCUGCAGAGGCCCUCUGCGAACAGACUGCCUGCAGUGCAUGGAGGGCCACGUGCUGCAGGACGGCGUGUGCGCUCAGAGCUGCUCCCCCGGCGCCUACCGGGACGGAGACAGAUGCCUCGCCUGUGAUGACCACUGCCUGGCGUGUGACGGUCCAGGACAGUGCCAGCACUGCCGGCCCCCCCACGUCUCCCUCCUCGGCCAGUGUGUGCUCGAAUGCGGCAGGAACCACUUUCUGGAUCCCUCAUCUCAAACCUGCAAACCCUGCUCAUCGGACUGUGUGCUGUGUGACGGGGUGGGGAGCUGCCGAGCUUGUCGCAACAACACCUACCUGAUGGAGGGGUACUGCACUCCUGACUGUGGGCACGGAUACUACGCUGACCAGAAGACCAGGAGCUGCAAUGUCAACAGCCGUCCUCCUGUCCUCUAUGUCAACGGCUCCCUGCUGGUUCCUCUGGGCGGCUUCAUGCCUCUGCCUCCUAACCUGCUUCACGUUAAGGACCCAGACAGCCCAGCGGAGCGGCUCGUGUUCCAGCUGACGCAGGGCCCAAGUAAUGGUCGACUGGUCGUAUUCAAAGCCCAGGAAGCAGAAGGAGAAGCAGGAUGGGAGCUGAACAGGGGCGACACCUUCAGCUGGGAGGAUCUGAAGUCUGCCCGGGUCCGGUUUGAACAUCAGAAAGACAAAGCUCGGAGUGGUGAGUUCACGUUGAAGGCUGCCGACCCCCAGCUGUUUUCUCAGCCACAGAGCGUUCAAGUUCAAGCUGUGUCCAUGCAGCCCCCAAAGGUGGUGGCUCUGAGCGUGUUACACGUGGAGCGCCGCGGCGCCGUGGCAACCAUCAGCAGGUCGGUGCUGCAGGUCGACGACCCCGACAACGCUGCCGAUGUCCUGGUCAUGGUCCUUGAACCUCCCCGCCACGGCCGGCUGACCCGUCUCCACGGCGACCGGGCCCUGAGCCGGUUCAAGCUGGAGGAGCUGUCGCAGGAACAGGUCCAGUACAUCCACGACGGCUCGGAGGCGACGGAGGACGGGGCCGUGCUGCAGGUCAACGAUGGCCACAGCUACAGGAACGUUCUCCUCCAGGUCCACGUCAGUCAGAAGGCGGCUGACUCGCUUCACGUCCUGUCGGUGCCGGUGACCUGGGUGAAGGAGGGCGGCACGGUGCGACUGGAUAGGAAGUACCUGCAGGUCGACUACAAGGGAGCCAGCAGCGACGCCAUCGUCUACACCAUCCUGGCGUCUGACGGACAGCCCAGAUACGGCGAGGUGGUGCUGGUGCCCAUGCCGGCUGACAUGGCUCCCCCUGAAGGAUGGCGUCCCCCGUCGCCCGAUGAGCCCGGCUUUACAGUGACCACUUCCUUCACUCAGCAGGACGUCAACGACGGCGCCGUGUGGUACCGGCACUUCGGCAGCGACGCCCACAGCGACUCCUUCCAGUUCCAGGUUUCCACAGAAGCUGCUCCAGGAAUACAGAGUGAUGCGCAGACCUUCACUAUAGGAGUCCUGCCUCAGAUCCCAGGCUUCCCCCAACUGGGCCCUGACUGUGACCUGCAGGUCACGGUGCUGGAGGAUCGGGUGACAGAGAUCACGCCAUCAGCUCUGUCCUUCGUCGACUCUGAGACUCCCAGUGAGAAGCUGUUGUACACGGUCACUAAGCCUCUCCCACCAGGACAAGGUGCACUGGAGCACCGUGACAAGCCGCACUCGCCGGUCAAACUCUUCACUCAGGCCGACGUCAACAACGGGAAGAUCAUAUACAGACCUCCAGCUGCGCCCUCGCACCUCCAGGAGCUCUACCAGUACUCCUUCAUCGGUUUGCCCGAGUCGCUGAGCGUUUACUUCACAGUGUCAGAUGGUGAACACACGACUCCAGAACUGGACUUUGCUGUCGUUCUGCUGUCAAACCACCAGCAGCCACCUGUGUUUCAGGUUCUGGACCCAUUUCUGGAGGUUGGCCUGGGAGGACAGGCCACCAUAGGUGGUCAGCAGCUGGCAGUGAGCGAUGCCGACACUGCUCCUGAUGAGCUGGAGUUUGAGCUGGUGGAGGCUCCGCUCCAAGGAGAGCUCAUCAAGGUUGACGGCAGUGCACACAUCAGCAUGACCAGCGGUGACACCUUCACCUUCAGUGACAUCACCCGCCACGUUCUGCUCUACCAACACGCCGGCCUCUCCACCCACGACGACGCCAUCAAGUUCUCUGUCAGCGAUGGCAUCUCCAUGGCAACCACAGUAGUACAGAUCGUGGUGCUGGGUGCGGUGGGUGAGGGGCCGCAGCGCGACCCCGCAGCCACUCUGUCACUGGAAGUGGGCCAGAAAAGCAGCAGCGUCAUCACGCGCUCACACCUGGCGUAUACGGAUAACACAUCCCCAGAUGAGCAGAUCCGGAUCCAGUUGGUCUCGGUGCCGAUGUACGGCAUCCUGACUAGGAGCCUGUCCCAGCAGGAUCCCCAGGAGCUGAGGGAGUACUCGUCCUUCACCAUGGACGACAUCAGCCAGCGCAGACUCAGGUACAUCACCUCCUUGGAGACGGGCACCCAGCCAGUAACUGACGUCUUUCACUUUGUCGUGUACGAUGGAGACAACAAUCGCCUUGACAACCAGAUGUGCACCAUCACCAUCACGUCCACGCCGCGGCAGCCACCGGUGGUCACGGUCCGCAGCGGCGUCAAGGUCCAGGAGGGCGGACGGGUGCAGUUGUCUUCCAACCACAUCAUGGUGUCGGACCAGGACACACCCAGGAAGGACCUGCUGGUUUGGCUCAUCACUCCUCCCAAAUAUGGCUUCAUUCAAAACACUAAGAGAGGAGGCUCCGCCGGCGGCUCGCAGGUCAUCACCACUGAGGAGCCUUUCUCUGUGGAGGACCUGGUGUCCGACUACAUCUUUUACGUCCAGGACAGCAGGCGUGAAGCUCAGGCCCAACAGGACGUCUUCAGCUUCUACAUCAGCGACGGGCACAGCCAGACGGAGGCUUUCAGUGUUGAAAUCGACAUACAGCAGAGCAAAGAGGAGCGAGAGCCCGUGGUGUCGGUCAGCAGCAUCCAUGUGGAGGAAAACUCCGGAGUCGUCAUCACCAACUCGUCCCUGAGCGUCUACGAUCAGGACACGCCAGAGAACGAGCUGCUCUUCAGAAUCAUCCGAAUUCCCUCCUAUGGCAAACUCCGCCGACGGCAGUUCUACUCCGAGCCGCUGGAGAACGGCCGCGUUCUGACCCGCGGCUCCACCUUCACCUACCAGGAUGUCCUGGACCGGCUGCUGGUCUACACCCCCGAAACCAUCAGCGGCGGUGCCGACGAGAUGGGCUUCAAUCUCACCAGCGGCGCGUACACGUACACAGGCCGCCUGCAGUUCACCAUGGACGUGACCAAGAGCGAGGGGCCGCGCAUGACUGUCAACAGGGGCCUGCAGCUCCCAGCCGGAUCCUCCUCCAAGAUCACGGAGCAGAACCUGAAGGCCACAGACCUGGACUCUGACAACCUGAAGCUCAGGUACAUCCUCACCAAAGACCCUCCGUCUGGAACACUGCAGCUCAGCAGGAGCGGGCGUGUGGAGAAGCUGUCUGUCAAAGGUCCACUUCAGAGCUUCACUCAGGACGACGUCAACAGAGGCCUGCUGCAGUUCAGCCACGAGCGCGGCGAGAGGGGAGGCAGCCUGCUCUUCAAGUUCAACCUGGUGGAUCCGGAGGGCAACAAGCUGAUCGAGCAGUCCUUCUUCAUCAGCGUGCUGGAGGACCGGCUUCCUCCCUCUGUUGUGGUGAACAAAGGGCUCGUGCUGGAUGAAAACGCAGUGAAGAAGCUGACCACACUGCAGCUGUCAGCGAGCGACCAGGACAGCGAGCCGGCGGAGCUCGUGUUCCACGUCAGCAAGCAGCCGAGCCUGGGUCACCUGGAGCACGUCAGCAGCCCAGGCACCAGAAUCAGCACCUUCACUCAGGCUGACCUUGUCUCACGCGGCAUCCAGUACGUCCACACCAGCGAAGAAGAGAAGUACGCUGACCAGUUCUCCUUCACCGUGUCUGACGGGACAAAUGAGGUGGCCCAGACCUUCUACAUCACCAUCAAGCCGGUGGACGACUCGCGCCUCGCCACCCUGCUCCAGUGUCCUGGGAUGAGGGUCCAGGAGGGCGUGAGAAGGAAGACCAUCACUGAGUUUGAGCUGAAGGCCACUGAUGCAGACACAGAGGCGGAGUCCAUCGUCUUUCUCCUUCUCCGUCUGCAGCCUCCUCGUCACGGCGCCAUCGAGCGCACCAGCAACGGCCAGCACUACACGACCAGCAGCUUCACCAUGGACGACGUCUACCAGAACGCAUCAGCUUACAACCACGACGGCUCCAACUACUCGCUCAAGGACCGCUUCACCUUCACCGUGGCCGACGGCAACACCUGCUCUUUCAUGGUGGAGGACGCAGGCAAAGAGAUCGUGACGGCUGCGCCUCAGAAGUUCAAGAUCGACAUCCUGCCGGUGGAAGACGGCACCCCUCGCAUCGUCACCAACCUGGGCCUGCAGUGGCUGGAAUACAUGGACCACAAGGCCACAAACCUGAUCACCAAGAAAGAGCUGCUGACCAUGGACCCAGACACCGAUGACAGUCAGCUGAUCUACCAAGUCACCACUGAGCCGAAGCACGGCUUCCUGGAGAGCAAGCUCAAACCUGGCAACCCCGUCACCACAUUCACACAAGCCGACAUCAAUCUGGGUCUGAUUCGCUACGUGCUGCAUCACGACAACGUCCAGGAAACAAUGGACAACUUCAGGUUCCUGGUUAAAGACAGUAAACCCAACGUGGUCGGCGACAACGUCUUCCACAUCCAGUGGUCCCUCAUCAGCUUUGAGCACAAAAGUUACAACGUGAGCGAGAAGGCCGGCACGGUGGCGGUGACGGUGAAGCGGACCGGGAACCUCAACCAGUACGCCAUCGUGCUGUGCCGCACCGAACAGGCCAGCGCCUCCUCCAGCAGCAGCGUGGGGUCGCGGCCGGGCCAGCAGGACUACGUGGAGUACGCCGGGCAGGUGCAGUUUGACGAGCGGGAGGACCUGAAGGUUUGCACCAUCGUCAUCAACGACGACAAGGUGUUCGAGGGAAGCGAGAGCUUCCACGUGGAGCUGAGCAUGCCGGUGUACGCGCUGCUGGGCGGAAACACGCGCGCCGUGGUCAACAUCAACGACACGGAGGACGAACCCACGCUGCAGUUCCAUAAGAAGAUCUACCACGUCAACGAGAGCACGGGCUUCAUCCACGCGCCCGUGGAGAGGAAAGGGGACGCCAGCAGCACCGUGUCGGCUCUGUGCUACACCGUGGCCAAGUCGGCCCAGGGCAGCAGCCUCCACGGGCUGGAGUCCGGUUCCGACUACAAAAGCCGCGGCAUGACGGCCGACAACCGCGUGGUCCUGGGCCCCGGCGUCAGCAUGUCCACCUGCGACGUGAAGCUCAUCGACGACAGCGAGUACGAGCUGUCGGAGGAGUUCGAGCUGGUGCUGUCCGACGCCUCGGACAACGCGCGAACCGGCGCUGUGACGGUGGCCAAGGUCGUCAUCGACGGACCCAACGACGCGUCCACCGUUUCCCUCGGCAACGCUACCUUUACGUUCACUGAAGACGCCGGCACCAUUGAAAUUCCAGUGCUGCGCCACGGCAGCGACCUGUCCUCGCUGACGUCGGUGUGGUGCGCCACCCGGCCUUCGGAGCCGCCCUCGGCCAGCCCUGGGAUCGACUACAUCCCCAGCUCCAAGAAGGUGGAGUUCAAACCUGGGAAGACGGAGCAGACGUGCAGUUUGACCAUCAUGGACGACAUCCAGAACCCGUCCAUGGAAGGACCGGAGUCCUUCGUGGUCUUCCUCAGUUCUCCUCAGGGUGCCGUCCUCCAGGAGCCCUAUGAAGCCAGCGUGGUCAUAACUGACACCUUCCAGGACAUUCCCAGCAUGCAGUUUGAGAAGAGCAGCUACACUGUGAAGGAGCGAGACAGCGUCCUCCACGUCCCCGUCAUCCGUUCCGGGCGACUUGUCCUUAGUCGUCAGGUGCGCUGCUUCACCCGAACCAUGUCGGCCAUGGUGAUGGACGACUUCGAGGAGCGGCGGAAUGCAGAUGAGUCACGCAUCACUUUCCUCAAAGGAGAGAAGGUAUGAAACUGCUUUCUUUCCAGGUGAAGAACUGCAACGGUUCACAUCAACGACGACUCCGUGUUCGAGCCUGAGGAGGAGUUUCAGGUGCAUCUGGGGACGCCGCUGGGCGAUCAUUGGAGCGGCGCCAUGGUGGGCGUCAGCGACAUCGUCACUAUCACCAUCACUAACGACGAGGACGCUCCCACCAUCGAGUUCGAGCAGGCGUCCUAUCAGGUCAGGGAGCCUCCGGGUCCUGAUGGCAUCGAGGUGCUCAACAUCAAGGUGAUUCGCCGAGGAGAUCUGGAUCGAACGUCCAAGGUCCGCUGCAGCACACGGGACGGAUCAGCGCAGUCUGGAGUGGACUACAACCCCAGGAGCAGAGUGCUGAAGUUCACACCCGGGAUGGACCACUUCCUGUUCAAAGUGGAGAUUCUGUCCAACGAGGACAGGGAGUGGCACGAGUCCUUCUCACUGGUCCUCGGCCCUGACGACCCCGUGGAGGCCGUCCUGGGAGAGAUCACCACGGCAACCGUGACCAUUCUGGACCAGGAGGCUGCCGGCAGCCUCAUCCUCCCCGCCCCGCCUCUGGUGGUGUCUCUCGCCGACUACGACCACGUCCAGGACGUGAGCAGCACGGGCAGCAGGAAGACGCCGUCUCCAGGUUACCCGCUGGUGUGCGUCACGCCCUGCGACCCCCACUACCCGAGGUUCGCUGUGAUGAGGGAGCGCUGCGACGAGGCCGGAAUCAACCAGACGCAGGUUCACUUCUCCUGGGAAGUGGCAGCUCCCACCGACACCAACGGCGCCAGAUCGCCCUUCGAGACGGUGACGGACACGACCCCGUUCACCGGCGUCAACCACAAGGUCCUCGACAGUAUUUAUUUCAGCCGCCGGUUCCAUGUUCGCUGCGUGGCUCAGGCCAGAGAUAAAGCGGGUCACCUCGGGACGCCGCUGAGGAGCAACAUCGCCACCAUCGGCACAGAGGGCUCCAUCUGCCACACGCCUGUUACCACGGGAACCGCCAGAGGCUUCCAGGCUCAGUCCUUCAUCGCCACGCUCAAAUACCUGGACGUGAAGCACAAGGAGCAUCCCAACAGGAUCCACAUCUCGGUGCAGAUCCCCCAUCAGGACGGCAUGCUGCCUCUGGUGUCCACCAUGCCCCUGCACAACCUGCACUUCCUGCUGUCAGAGUCCGUCUAUCGACAGCAGCACGUCUGCUCCAACCUGGUCACCCUCAAAGACCUGCAGGGACUUUUCUAAUGUGAACGCUCCCCAGAGUCCGGCUUCCUGGACGACGUCUCCUAUGACAGCAUCUCUCUGGGUCCGGGCUAUGACCGGCCUUACCAGUUCAACCCCGGCGUCCGGGAGGCCAAGAGCAUCCAGCUCUACAAGCACCUCAACCUCAAGAGCUGCAUCUGGACCUUCGACGCCUACUACGACAUGACGGAGCUCAUCGAUGUCUGCGGGGGCUCCGUCACCGCCGACUUCCAGGUCCGGGACUCGGCUCAGUCCUUCCUGACGGUGCAGGUUCCUCUCUACGUGUCCUACAUCUAUGUGACGGCUCCGAGGGGCUGGGCGUCUCUGGAGCAUCACACGGAGAUGGAGUUCUCCUUCUUCUACGACACCGUGCUCUGGAGGACAGGCAUCCAGACCGACAGCGUGCUCUCAGCCAGACUGCAGAUCAUCAGGAUCUACAUCAGAGAGGACGGACGACUGGUCAUCGAGUUCAAAACCCACGCCAAGUUCAGAGGUCAGUUUGUCCUUGAACAUCACACUCUGCCGGGACACAAGUCCCACCUGAUGGCUCCCGACCACCUGGGAGGCAUCGAGUUUGACAUUCAGCUGCUGUGGAGCGCUCAGACGUUCGACUCGCCGUUUCAUCAGCUGUGGAGGGCGACGAGCUCCUACAGCAGGAAGGACUACUCUGGAGAGUAACACCGUGCUCCUAAUCCCUGCACCGUUCAGCCCACGCAGCCCUGGAUGGACCCGGGGACCAAACCGCUGUCCUGCACGGCUCACGCUCAGAGAAGUGCGUUCCUGGUGCCGAAUCGCCUUCCAGCAGACCAACCGCCCGUUCCUGUGGUCUACUCCCUCAACACGGAGUUCCAGCUGUGUAACAACGAGAAGGUGUUCAUGUUGGACCCGGCCGCCGCGGACGUCGCCAUGGCUGAGAUGGACUACAAGGGCGCGUUCUCCAUGGUCAGACGCUGUACGGGAGGGUGCCUGUGGAGCCCGGAGCAGAACCUGAACGCAGCCUACAAGCUGCAGCUGGAGAAGGUGUACCUCUGCACCGGCCGGGACGGAUACGUUCCCUUCUUUGACCCCACGGGGACGUUGUACAACGAGGGGCCGCAGUACGGCUGCAUCCAGCCCAACAAGCACCUCAAGCACCGCUUCCUGCUAUCUGGUACAGGCGUUUCUUUGCUCGAUCGCAAGCAGCCCGACGUUUGCGACAGGUUUUUCCACGACGUUCCCUUCGAGGCCCACUUUGCCUCAGACAUCCCGGAGCUGACGUCCAUGACGGCGAUGCCAGGCGUCGACGGCUUCACCAUGAAGGUGGACGCCCUCUACAAGGUGUGGAGGGCGGGGCACCAGUGGUACCUGCAGGUGAUUUAUGUGAUCAGCCCAGAGUCCCGGUCCAGCCCCCGGAUUCAGCGCUCGCUCACCCAUCAGCUGAGCCGCCCCAGACGGGACCUGGUGGACCGGAGCGGACGGCUGGCGCUGGACGAGUCGCUGAUCUACGACAACGAGGGCGACCAGGUGAAGAACGGCACCAACAUGAAGUCUCUGCACCUGGAGGCCGGGCCGUCCGGCACCUUCAACGCUCACGUGGGCAGCUGUGGCGGGGGCGUCGCCGCCGUCACCCUGCUGGUCCUGGUUCUGCUCGCCUCCUGCUUCCUGUUCCGCCGCUGCCGCCGAUCGGCCGAGAAGAAGCGCAACAAGGCUCAGACGGUGUACGAGGAGUAUCCGCUCAACACGAAGGUGGAAGUGUGCAUGGACAAGUGUGUGGAGAAGAACUUCAGCAGCAAACACUGCACGGUCCGAAACAUCAACAUCAACCGCAACCAGGAGGCAAACGACAAGACAAAGGUCAAACAGGUCAACCUGGAGGUGAAAGUCCACAACAACCUCAGCGACGGCACCGAGGUCUGAACCGGGCCGAGACUGGAGGAGGAGAGCAGUUCGCUAGAAAAAGGGUAUUUUGUACGUAAAGAGCCAAACGUUAGUCCAUGUAUUUUUAUACCACUUUGAUAAAGGGAAGAGUGACGCGCAGACAAGGCGACGUGUUAAUCACUUCAUGACGGCUACCUCAGGAAUCUACAACGCGCUCAUCGCACGGUCCGCCUCCUUCAGCCGUGCGUCCUCUAGUGACUGGUAGCUCAGACACUGGGAGAACUGGGACGGAGUGGCUUCAGGCUGUGGACCAGUGUCCAACGCCUGCGUUCCUGCUGCAGCUGCUUCUGGCUGAGUCGAACGUUAAGCACAAACUCCUGAGGCUGAAUCAGUGCAGUUACAAUAAUGAAUGAAAUCUAUUAAGUGCAAUUACGCCAUUGCUUUGUUCAUAGCUUCCUCAUCAGCAGGAGCCGUCUGCAGACAUUUGUAGUGUCACACUGAACAGACGAUCCUGCUGCUCACUUUGUCCCGGACCGCUGCCAAUAUUAAGUGCCAUGCAGUAUUUCUCCUCAUGCAUUUCAGAUGGAAUCGUCCGAAGCGUCGCAUCUUCUCCUCGUUUAGGACGAGGGGGCGUUUCUAUGUGAUUGUAACACACUGCACAUGACAGAGCUUGGGCCUUACUGCUGUUAACCACUGCUGUAUGUGUGUCUGCCUGCCUUCAUUCCCACAAAGACACCAAGAAGCAUCACACUCACCUUCUUUUUCUCUUUAAGUAUUAUGUUAUUAUGUGUAUUACUGUAUGUUACACUCAGCUACUGAUGUACCCACAUGUUUGUGAUCUCACAUUCUCACUCAACUGUGCCUCAGACACGAACAGGGAAACCUGGGAAAUGACAUUAUAUUUUUGGUGCUAUCACUUUAUGAUCAGUCGAUUUAAUGCCUGUAUUUGGUGCCUUUUUUAGUAAUAAAAACUAUGGAACCUA